UCUCUCGGUGGGAGGGCGUACGGAGGAGCACAUCAGAGAGUCUCUCGGGUGCCCCUCUCCACGCGCGGCUGUACCCACCCGAGAGAGAGUGGAAGCCCUUCUCUCACACGCAAAAGGGGACAUCUCAUCACGACUCUUGGUAGCAGGCACUUCUCCGUAGUGGGCACUCCACUCAUCGUGUCGUCGUACGGGUUCUCCGCGAGAGCCUGUGGAGCCUCCGCUCUCGGGUCGGGUGAGCGUGCGAGCGAGCGAGUGAGCAAGCAAGCGACCGACCGACCGAACGAACGACCGACCGAGUGAGUGAGCGAGCAAGCAAGCACCAGCAGCAGCAGCAGCAAGCGACCGAGCGACCGAGCGCGAACGGCCGAGCGCGCCGGUCGAGUGGGUCUAAGCGGCCGUGAGGACCUCUCCAGGAGUACCCGACAGUCCUCUCCAUUCAUUCAUUCAUCCAUCCAUCCACCCAUCCAUCCAUCCAUCCAUCCAUCCAUCCAACCAACCAACCAUCCGAGGAAGCAAGCAAGCAACUGAGCGCGCGAACGAACCAGCCAUCUAGUCAGCUAGCCAGCGAACCAUCUCACUAACGAGAGCCAACGAACAAAGUGCCAAGGCAAGACGAGGCGAAAGCCGGCUCAAGCCAGGCUAAGAAGCCGAGUCGAGCCAAACCAGCGAAAGUCUUCCAAUUCAUCCAUCCAUCCAUCCAUCCAAUCAACUAGCCAGCCAGCCAACCAGCCAGUCAUUCAGUCAUCUAUCCAUCCAUAGAUUCGCAGCUCUCCUAACGAGAAGGAAGGUGGAGGCAAAGAGCAGAGUGGUGUACAUCUACGGAGGGUCGAAGGACUCGAAGAGGACCGCGAGUGAUUUCAGUCGGUCGGCGGCCGGCCUUGCCGGCCACUCUGCUCCCUCCUCGGCCGCCGACCGUCGCGUUCCAUCGCGUUACGUCGCGAGUGAGUGUUGAGUGCUCGAGUUAUCGUUACCCUUUGCCAUCCGUCGUCUGGAAAUACAACACGACGACGACGACGACGACGACGACGACGACAUGGCGACGGUGAGAAGAAACGACCGGUUGACGAUCGGUCCGUGCGCUAACUUUUUAUUAUCACCUCGGUCGUCUUUGUCGUCGUUAAGGUGAACAUUGUGUUGAGGUGAACGGCGCAUAGGUGAACGCCAUCGUGAAUGCAUGAAAGAAGAAAAUGUGCCAAGUGUCGAUUCGAAGAGUCAGUGAGUGACACCAUAACCGUGUAUUUACAUCAGCGAAAAUUCUCGGCCACGAGGAUUACCGUGAGGAUUACCGCGAGGAUUACCGCCUCCGAGGUGAGCCGCUGCCCGCUGGCGAGCGUGGCGGCAGCUACGGUACCGUCGCGAUAGAUCGCUAUCCAUCCUCCGCUUCCUCCUCCUCCGCUUCCUCUUCCUCCUAUUACUAUUCCUCAUGUCGCGCCGUUUUCGCGACUAGCACCGGCCUCACGAUUCCGCGAAGCACGAGCUUCAAGUAUUUCGACGGCGUCGGGCUCGCCGAGAUGAGCGGUGGCAGCGGCGGCGGCGGUGGAGCUAGCGGUGCCAGCGGAAACGGCGCCGGUAAUCAGGCGAGCGGAAAUGCGACUACCUAUCAUCAACAUCAACAACAGCAACAACAACAACAACAACAACAACAGCAACAGCAACAACAGCAACAGCAACAACAGCAACAACAACAACAACAACAAACGCAGUUAGAGCAGGCGAGCCUCCUGCCGGAUUUGAACAGCAUUGAUUUAGCUAUAAGCCUUUCGCCGAAGCAACACUCGUCGCACGUGCAAGCCGGGGGCGGCGCUCACACGACGCCGUUCAGCGUGACCGACAUCCUCUCGCCGAUGGAGGAGUCCUAUAGAAAGUUCGAUCUCGCAGCAGCAGCCGCGGCAGUUGGAGUUGGCGUCGGCGUUGGAGUAGGCGUCGUUAGCCACCCCCAGGGUUCCCCGUACGGUAACGCCUGCGGCGCGAGGGUCGCCGGUAACACCGGAAGUUCAAGCGCGAGCAGCGGGAGUCCGCCGCUCCACGGCGGCUCGACUCCCGGCGGUAGCACGCCCGGUCCUGUUACCGGGAGCGCCGGGAACGGUAGCGCCGGUACCGCCGGCACCGCCGGAACUGCCGCCGGUGCCGGAGCCGGAGGUGCGGCUGGUGGAAGUGCUGUUGGGACACCCGGUAUGACCGCCAUGGGUAAUCCUUACGCCACGAUGCAGCUCACCUCGCAAUAUCAGUAUUGUACUGCCGAACUUUCUCCGUACCAUCAUGCCGGACCCACCGUAGCCGGUACUGCCACCGUUGCCGAUCCUAUGAGAUCUCAUGCCGUUUCGACUCAUCAUCAUCCUUGGUACGCCCCGGCACCGCCGGCCACCAACGAUCCCCGUUUUGCCAGUUUUGCAGUCUCGCGGCUAAUGGGCGCUGCGGCGGCGGGCGCCGGGGCCAAUGUGGCCGGGUGCUCGGUGGGCCAGUCGAUGGGCGACGUUACCAAAUCCUCUGGCAUGGGCGUUGGCGUUGGGGUCGGAAUGAACGUUGGCAUGGGCGUCGGUACGAUGCAAUUUCCCCUUGCCCAGAGACGGAAGCGUCGAGUUCUCUUCACCCAGGCCCAGGUCUACGAGCUCGAAAGGCGUUUCAAGCAGCAAAAGUACCUAAGCGCGCCCGAAAGGGAGCAUCUUGCUUCCCUCAUUCAUCUCACGCCAACGCAGGUCAAAAUCUGGUUUCAAAAUCAUCGGUACAAAUGUAAGAGACAAGCCAAAGAAAAGGCGAUGGCCGAACAGAACCAGAAUCAGAGCGCGAGCUCGCCGCGGCGGGUAGCGGUGCCGGUACUGGUGAAGGACGGAAAGCCUUGCGGCAGCGGGGGCGGGGGCGGCAACGAGGGCAGCCGCGGAGGGCCUAGCGCCGCCCUAGCGAGCCCCGCACCCCACAUGACGGCGGCCUCCAGUCCCCACGGCUCGCACCACGCCGCCUCCUCCUCGGUGUCGCAUCACUCGGUGGUGGGGGUGAGUCACGUGAUGACCUCCAGCCAGAGCCUCCAGCAUUGCUCUUACACGCGGACGGGAGCCCAGCAGAGCAUGCAACAGCAGCAGCAACCGCAGUGCGGCGCUUAUCUGCCCUUGCAGAGCCGGGCUUGGUAGUGCGCGCCAUCCGCGGCGGGGGCCGCGGCCUACGCCAAUCCCUCCGUUACGGGCCCAUGGACCCUCGCCGCGGAUACUGCAGCUGCCUGGUACUCCAUUCCUGACGACAGCAACUAAACUAACGGAACAACGGACCGCGAACUAUCGAUUUUAUUAUAAUUAUCGAUCGAUCGUCGAUCUAAUCGACGUCAUUUUUUAUCCGACAGUCUGCUAUGACCUCUUCUUUACAGACUUAUUAUAUAUGAUAUAUAUGUAUAUAUACAUAUGUAUAUAUAUAUAUAUAUAGAUUUUCGCGGGCCGCUUGUUCUUCAACGGACUUUUGCAACGAUCUUGCCUUGUCGAUAUUUUCGGGAAUGAUCUACGAACGGAGGAUGUGUGCGCGAAUUAUUUCUUUUCGGACGUUCUAAUCGCAUAUGUGUGAUUUUAGUGAAAGAAAAAAAAAACGCCGAAGUCUUGAAAAAAACGCGCGAGUGAACGAACUUACAACAAACAAACAAAAAAUACAAGAACAAAAAUAGGAUAUGUAAUAAUCCUUUUACUUUACUUUUACGCCUAGACCUGCUAAUGGUUUUACGUGCGUCAUCGGCAAAAAAUUCGAUCGAAUGGGACAAAUCUCGUUAGAAGAGACACUUUAUCGAAUCGAUCGUUCGUCGAUUAUGUGAGAUAAACGGCGAUUAUUACGAGCCAAGUGUAAAUUUCGCUUAUUGUUAGAUGCGAAUGCGAUUAACAACACCGGGCCAUCGUUUUUACGCGAACGUCGCUAAUAUGACAACUUUGUUACUAUAAAAUCGACUUUUGUUAAAUGGCCGAUAGAAGAAGGACCUACUUAAUUUUUAAGCGCCUAUCAUUUAGCCGUUAAUAAUUCAUUAGUUUCUCGAUACUUUCUUAUUAAAUCGAAGAUGUUGGUAAACAAAGUGCUCGUCAGAUGAUUUUUAACGAAAGAUCUAAAAACGAUUUGUUUUUUUUUUUCUUUCUUUACUUUUUUUCUGAGAAAGAGGAAAGAACGAAUAGAGAAAGAAAAAAAAAAGAAAAGUAAAAAAUCCCGUUUCUUUUCGUAAAAGAUUCGUUCGAAAAUGUUUUUUGUAUAAAGAAGGAAAAAAAGGAACCCAUCCAUCCCGUUGUAUAUCGUAAUGUUCCAAUUUACUUGUUUCAAAGGUUACGAACGAAGGUAUCGAUUUCAAUUAGGCGAAACCGUACACCUAGUAGUAUCGGCAGAUUCGCUGACUCGAUUUCACCGACACACGAAACGGGAGACGCACUCGUUCGACAUUGUUGCAUCGGCGAGUACAGUACUCUUUCUCUCCCCACGAGUCUGUUACCAACGCAACCCGUCUGCUUUGUGUUGCUAAUCGAGUCGAUCUAAUUGAAAUCCAAAUUUGCUUUGAUUGCCACUCAAACGUUAGCGCGGAGAGUUAACCGUUGGCGCUCGUCAUCGAAACUAUUCAUCUAACAUUUCACAAACUGUAUAAAAAACAAAAAAAAAAAAAACAAAGAAAAAAACAAAUUUAUCGUCCUAUUGUAUAAAUGAUGUUUAUUUUUAUUUAUAAUUUCUCUUUUUAAUUGCGUUGACAUUUUUGCCAUCAUUUUCGUUAUAUAAAUAUAUAAAUAUAUAUAGUUAUUUUAACUUAUUUCUCUCAUACCACGGUAAAUUAGAAUUUUAUUUCCAACGAAAUUUACAACUAAAAAACAUCGACACUUUUGGUCGACAAAAAUUUCCGUCUCUGUACUAAAUUCAAACAGUUAAUAAUAAUAAGAAGAAAAAGGAGUAAGCGGAAGAAGCGAAAGGAGAAAAAAGAACAAGAAGAAAAAUAGAAAUGUUCUCGUCGAGGUGUAGUGUAGAAAAGGGUGGGUCGGGUUGGGAGGUGGGGGUGGGGGAUGGUCGUGGCAAGCUUUUUGAAAAGCUACAAAGUCACGUAGAUUCGCGUGCCCUUUGGCGCGAGAACUGUUUUUUUUUGAACGAAGCUUAGCGCAACCGAUUUUCUGAAUAUGUCUAUUCCACGAAAAGGAUGUGAUUUCUUUAGAAUCGUUUUCUACUUCGCAUUUCUCCAUUUCACCCUUUCUAUCUCUUUCUAUCAUUUUUAUUUCUCCGUUGAAAACGUACGUACACGUACGUUCGCAAAGCUUAACUACCGUCGAAGAAAAAUAAAGAAUGAGAAAGAAAUCGUAUAGAUGUUACUGACGUAGAUACAUAUAUCAUUUUAUCCGUUUCAACGGACUCGCGACGAUAGGCUACGAGAAAGAAAGAAAAAUUCCCC